AUGAGUGUCUGCCUCAAAUACUUGAAUUAUUUCAAGAGACAAGAUCAUAACAACAUCGAUUAUCAGAAUGAAAAUACACCUUUCAUCGACAGCCGUGUGGAGGUGUUAUUGUCACAUGGACCAAUCACGUUCAGAGACAGUGUUGACUGUGUGACCAUUGCUGAUGAGGUCGAGCAAUUCCUCGGCGGAGAUGAUGCUGAUGAAUUCAGCUUAGAAGCUGCUGGGCUCGCCCAAUUUUGUACUGCCAGCAAUGUGAAGCCCGCUCAAUCGGAUCAAGCAGCGACCCCUCCGUACGUUGCUUUGCUGGACGAGAAGAGUCUUGUCGGAACUCAGACCCAAUCAAGACCUUACCCAGGCCCGCUCACAGCAGACGAACUUUAUAAACUCCUAAAGCGUCCCCGUUUUAGACAUCGCAGGCGUGUGCACAGCAACAAAGCAAACUCCUCGACCCCUUCAGAUCUUCAGCUCACGUCCCAGGACCCGCAGAGGCACCUUGGUCAAGCUCCCGACAACGACAAAUUUUGUGUCCCCAGUCCGACGUUCCAGCUUGGCCCAGUAACUUCAAGAUCUGAUCUCGAAGCUGAAAGCAAAGAGCCAGACGCUGACAGACGCAUUAUCUUUGUUACUGACCUCGACUCUUCCACAGCGCUGGCACUGAUAAGAACAGUGUCGGGCAAUCAUGCCGCUGCCCUGCGUGAUGCUCUAUGCAACUAUCUUGCUGCUGAGUCAAUCAUGAGGUCUUCUAUCACAAAAGGAUUGGUCAUGUUCAAACUAUCGUUCCACCUGCCUUUUUUGGCCCUGAGAUCUUCUCCUACACCGCAUACAGACCACCGUCUGUACGACGGGGAGAUGCGUCUGAGGAACACAAAAGACAUCUCUUUCCUGAAUUGGUAUCAUCGAGACAGUGCAAAAUCGACUCAACUCCAUGAAGCUCAAGUAAGCUGUGUAGUUUCAGGAUUUCAUGAUCGGUGUUGGGUGGCACACUGCUUUGUGGACACUUACCACGAUGGCGACGAUCAGAGCAAGGAGUGUGUGAACGACUAUCACGAGCAAUCACUCCUUCCCCAGGGUAUGACUCCGGACGCGCCGACAAUGGGAAAUCUUGAUUGUGAUCAGCCAAUCUGGGAUCCUAGAGAAUACUUCAUUCACAUUGUUUAUUUCCGUCUGAUGAAGGCCAGAUCUGAGUGGGCCACAAUCAUCAGAGCUGUCAGGGACAGUUUUCGCCGCUACUCUCGAAGUUACGAUGAGUCUUUACUGUCACAAGAAACACAUCAUUCGAAAGGCGAAAACCAAUAUGACAGAAAUACACAUCAGCAAAAUUUUAACUUGAGAACGCAGUUUCUCCUUCUUUUCUCAGAGUUGGAUGAAUGUUUAACCAGAACAAUCGAUUCUUACGAGGCCUUUCGUACCCACUCCAUGGAUUUUUUCGUCGAUCUACAACAAACAGCGGGCGGAAGUGCUUCCAUCACUGGAAUAGAUUCCAUCUUUGAGGAAUUGAAGUCGCUGAAGAAGAAAAUUGGUUACAUGGAGCACGAGGGCCAACGAAUGAAAGAUGCUCUCGAACUUAUCUUGACUCGUGAAGAUUUCAAAACCAACAAAGAACAAAGUCGAUUGGUAGGAUACAUGAUGCCCAUUGCUACCACCACCAGCUUCUUCUCAAUGCAGAAGAAUCUUCCAUUCUCUCAGGCGAAUUUCGCAUGGUUUCUUGCGUUCCUUGGGAUCUUCAGCCUCAUGGCAUUCGGAAGUCGUAUCUUCAGAGCCGCUGUCAGAACGCUCUCACGCACUGAGAAGACUAUUGGAGAGAACGGGUCUUUCUGGAAGCAUUUGAAUCUUCGGGCACGGCGCAGAAAGAAUCGUAGGAUCGAUGACAUCGAAAACGGAUCCCAGCCGUCAUCAAACGGUAUUGACGAGGGAACACCACAUUGCGAAGCGUCGAGCAGUCACAAACCUCAAUCUGCUUUCAGCUCGGGAAUGAGCACCCCACCAAGCACCUUCAUAGCCAGCCACAACCAAUCUAAGGAGAUAGUCCCUAGGAUUUCGCAUCUUGCCCGGAAUCAAGAGACUCUAACCUAG